AUGUCGGCAUCGUCCAAACAAGAAAAAGAUCACGAAGAAACGGACGAAGGCGAGGCAAACGACACUUGCGACAACCACGGCAGCGGUUCUGAAGGCGAGGAAAUUGACACUUCCAACAACUACUGCACCGGUCCUCAUACCGAUGACGGCAAUGCAAAGGAAAAACAACCGGUUGAACGAGGAUCGAGGCCAAUUGACUUACCCCAAUCUCCGCAAGAAGAGCCAUCUGACGAUACCAGUAUGGUUUUAGCUCAUUACGGCUAUAUCUUGGGUGAUUCGCUGGGUAAAGGGUCCUAUGCGGUUGUUAAAGUCGCUUUUUCCAAGAAGCUAAAGCGGCAAGUUGCCAUCAAGAUCAUCAUAAAGAAAAAGGCGCCGCAAGACUACAUUACCAAGUUUUUACCACGCGAGAUCGCUGUCAUGAAAAAACUCAAGCAUCCGAACAUCAUCGGACUUUACGAAGCCAUUGAAACAAGCUCUCGGAUCUAUCUCGUAAUAGAUAUGGCCGACGGGGGAGACCUGUUAGACUACAUCAAAACGAACGGCCCGGUUUGCGAAAAUGAAGCUCGUACGUUUUUUCGGCAGUUAAUCGGUGCCUCAGAAUACCUCCAUAACUUGGACGUGGUUCACAGAGACCUGAAAUGCGAGAACAUUUUGCUGGAUCGCAACAAAAAUAUAUUACUCACAGAUUUUGGUUUUGCAAGGACUGUGCCCAUCGAUUAUGAUACUGGAAAACGAAGUUUGAGUUUGACGUUCUGUGGAUCCUACGCGUACGCGCCACCCGAAAUUCUUCGUGGCGUUGCUUACGACGGAACGCGCUCUGAUGUAUGGAGUUUAGGGGUGGUAUUAUUUACAAUGCUGUGUGCUAAAUUACCGUACGAUGACUCAAAUCUCAAGGUGCUGAUGGAGCAAGUAUCUAAGACUGUCGUUUUUCCAAAGAAGCGAAAAAUUUCCGAGGAGGCCAGACACCUCAUUUUAAAGAUGCUUUGCGAAGAAAAGGAGAGGAUUGACAUCCCAGGAAUAAAGGAACAUCCUUGGUAUCUUGGGAAGAAGAUGAAUAUCGAGCUAAAUGGAGACAAGGACAAGGAGGACCUUGGGAAGGACAUAUCUCACGAUUCAGGGCUUGGAAGCGAGCCAGUACUUGGGAACGAGGGCCGAUGA